AAAUGUUAUCCCGUAUUUUUCUAUCCAGAAAAACAUCGAUUGUGUGAAAAUUAUAGGGAAAUUGUGAUGAUUUCCUCACGCAGUGCUCUGGUAGGGAGAGUAGUUGCUAAUGUUCUGCUCAGGAGUUCGAAGAAUGCCGCACAGAAGCAAAUAGUGCGACACGGACAUGGCGCCUUUUCCUACCGCUCUGCACCCACGCCGAACUCGAAGUACGUGGUGUUAGCCGCUAAUGUUGGAGGCGGAAUUGCGUGGUGGUGGAUUCUGUGGCAUCUGUGGCACGAACCUGAGCACAUAACAGGAGAAUUUCCUUACAUUGAGCCGAGUACGUGGACAAACGCAGAACUGGGAAUCCCUCCGGAUGAUGAUGAGUAACAUCUCGAGAUUUGGCUAAUCAAGUUUAGUGAAUUUGAUUAAUGUUAGGAUUGUCGAUUAGACCAAGACACUUUGGGCGGAAAAAAACGAUAGGCUGACCAAAUUAUAU